UUAAACUUUAAAUGUUUUAUUCAUUUUAUUUGUUUCUGAACAAAGUGUGCUGAGGAAAACCGUGGUGCGUUCAGGGCCGUGUUCGCCGUGCUACGUGUGGUGCGUUCAGGAGCGUCGUUGUCCCGAGGCUCUCAUCACUCUACCACCGCAGCAGCGGCGAGGGCGGCGUCAGAGGCGGCAGCGGAGAGAGCGGAGAAAGCGGAGCCUCCUCUCAGCAUCAUCAUCCUCCUCCUCCUCCGAGCUCCAAGUGUGACGGUGGUCCAGCCGCCUCGUCUUCCUCUCCUCCACCCCCGGACUCACCGCUCUUCUCUGGGAUGUCGUCGAGUACCUGGAGGGAGGAUUCGCUCCGCGGAGCCGGAGCCAGGGGACGCGUCUCCGGAGCGGAGCGGCGACGGAUGCAGGCAGGAGCGGACAAAUAAAAAUCUGAACAUCGCUGGGUGUAGCUGUCUGGCUAAUAACGCUGCCAGGCUAACGGAAGCUAGCUCUCCUCCUCCUCUCUCCUCCCUCCUCCUCCUCUCUUGAACGACGCGUGUGAGUCUUCUCCUCCGUGAUGAACUGACCAUAAACACUUUAUUAAACCCCCCGGGGGGACACGCUGGAGGCGGCGGGGACAUUUCUCUCAAGGAUAACGCACCGUGGCCGUGUGCUAGCAUCCCGAAGCUAAACCGCGAGCAUCGGUCACCGUCAUCUGUUUUUGUCCUCCCUCUCGUUAUUUUCCUCCCCGAUCCGUGAAGAAGAAGAGGAGGAAGAAGAAGAAGAAGAAGAAGAAGAUGGUGCCAGAGGAGGAGUGUGUGUGACGGUGCACGGAUACACGAUCCAUGAAGGUCAUGAUACUGAGAGAAUGAUCAUGCUGGAAAAACAGAGCUCGACGCAGGAGAUCGGUGAGGAGGCCGAGGACGACGCCAUCUUCACCAUCACGCUGAGGAAGGUGCAGCUUCACCAGUCGGCCAGCAAGGGGCAACGAUGGCUGGGCGUGGACACGGACUCGGCCCUGAGCCUCUACGAGACCUGCAAGGUGCGGACCAUCAAGGCCGGCACGCUGGAGAGGCUGGUGGAGUACAUGGUGUCGGCGUUCAGGGGCAAAGACUCCACCUACGUCACCAUCUUCCUCUGCACCUACCGCUCCUUCGCCACCACCAAGCAGGUGCUGGAUCUCCUGCUCAACAGGUAUGCCAAGCUCCAAAACGUGCCUGCAGCCACAGCACACAGAGUCUCCCAGGACGACUGCACAGAGCUGAGAAACACUGUCUCGUCCAUCCUGGGCGCGUGGCUGGACCAGUACUCCGAGGACUUCUGGACUCCUCCCAACUACGACUGCCUGCACCAGCUGCUGUCGUACCUUCACCACCACUUCCCCGGCUCGGACCUGGAGCGUCGCGCCCGCAACCUGGUGGCCCACUUCCACCGCCGACAGCAGUGUGAGCCUGAUCCUGAUGGGGAACACAUCGGCUGCCCUUUCGCUACGCAGGAAGAGAGCGGCUUCGAGGACGAGCUUCCUGCUUUUAGUUUCCUUUCGUUCGACCCCAUCAUGGUCGCGGAGCAGUUCACGUUAAUGGACGCGGACCUGUUUAAGAAGGUGGUGCCCUACCACUGUCUGGGCGGCAUCUGGUCUCAGCGGGAUAAGAAGGGGAAGGAGCACCUGGCUCCCACCAUCAGAGCCACCGUGGCCCAGUUCAACUCCGUCACUAACUGCGUCAUCACCACCUGCCUGAGCAACCCGACGCUGAAGCCCAACCAGAGAGCGCGGCUGCUGGAGCGCUGGAUAGACGUGGCUCGGGAGUGUCGGAUCCUGAAGAACUUCUCUUCGUUGCGUGCCAUCCUCUCCGCCCUGCAGUGCAACGCCAUCCACCGCCUGAAGAGGACCUGGGAGGAAGUGUCACGAGAAAGCUUCCGCACCUUCCGCGAGCUGUCCGAGAUCUUCUCAGACGACAACAACUACUCCCUCAGCCGAGAGCUGCUGGUGAAGGAGGGCACUUCUAAGUUUGCAACGUUGGAGAUUAACCCCAAACGAGCUCAGAGGAGGCACCAGCAGCAGAGAGACCUGGGGGUGAUGCAGGGGACGAUUCCGUACCUGGGGACCUUCCUGACGGACCUGGUGAUGAUGGACACUGCCAUGAAGGACUACACUGAGGGUGGUCUCAUCAACUUCGAGAAGAGACGAAAGGAGUUCGAGGUGAUCGCUCAGAUCAAGCUGCUUCAGUUGGCCUCCAACAACUACAGCUUCACUCAGGACAGCCACUUCAGAGAGUGGUUCGCAUGCGUGGAGAAACUCAGCGAGGCAGAGAGCUACAACCUGUCCUGUGAGAUCGAGCCUCUGUCGGAGUCGGCCAGCAACACGCUCAGGGCCAAGAAGAACGGAGGAAUCAUGAAGCGCUGGAGCGAUCGUCAGUUGACCGAGGCCGGCUGCAGCGGCGGCGCGGGCUCUCACUCCAAGUCCUUCGACCAGUCACACUACAGACCGUACCAAGGGGGCGGGGGCGACAGCGGCGACGCCCUCAGCGUCACCUCCGUCAGCUCCAGUGGAUCAGACCUGGAGGACGUGAACGCCAGCUUCUUGUCCGACUCCCCUGAAGGACACGAGAGGAAGACGUCGACUCCGUCAGUGAAACUCACCGUCUCUGCUCUGGGGAGAGAAGCUCCGGCAGCAGAUACAACGUCAACGUUCUGGGAGUGUACGUCUCUGUCGUCUCUGGACACCUCCGGGAUGGGAUCCAGCUCCGGCUCGGCCUCCGGCUCCAGCAGCGCCUCCUCCUCCUCCGUCUCCUCCUCCACCCCGCUGUCGGCGUCCCGCUCACACAAGCGCUCGGUGUCGGCCGUGUCCAACUACUCGACUCUGUCGUUGCCGCUGUACAACCAGCAGGUCGACGACUGCUGCAUCAUCAGGGUCAGUCUGGACGUGGAGAACGGAAACUUGUACAAGAGCAUCCUGGUCACGAGUCAAGACAAGACUCCGGCCGUCAUCAGGAAGGCCAUGAUCAAACACAACCUGGAGCGAGAGAAGUCCGAGGACUACGAGCUGAUGCAGAAAAUCUCUGAGGACAAAGAGCUGCGGAUCCCGGACAACGCCAACGUUUUCUACGCCAUGAACUCCACUGCCAACUAUGACUUUGUGCUGAAGAAGCGCGGCUUGGCUCGGCCGGUGCGAGCCAAGAACGUGGCCAGUUCGACGCUGCCUCGCAUGAAGCAGAAGGGACUGAAAAUCGCGAAAGGGAUCUUCUGAGGCGACGGGCACGGUUUUCUGUCUCCCCCUUCACCCCCCUGAACCCUCUCUGGUCUCCGCUCCUCAGAGGAAACAUUUGUGUUUCGCGUCUGCCGGAGGGAAACCAGCCUGAAGUAUCUGAGUUUUGGUUUGGACAAGGACUUGAGAUCGCCAGAAGAGAAACGACCACGCACCCUUUCUGCGGACGAGCAGGACGCAGAGGAACGCCUUCGCUCUCUGCUACAGCCGUCGCGUCAUCGGGACCCGCCGAGGAUUUGAAGAAGCGGAGUCGCUCGCCGGACGCGCCCACGUGGAAGCUGUUUCUGACCUUCGUGGGGAAAAACAAACGGUUGCGUCGGAGCCGCGUCGCUGCCGCUCGGUGGCUGAACUCGUCGAACUCUCCGCCAGUGUUCUGGUUUGCGUCGGCUCGUGGAAAAGCAGAUUCAUUCAUUUCUGUUUACAUUUGUUUACAUUUUAACAUCACCUGGUCAGCUCUUAAUUUUUUAUUUUUUUUUUUACUCUCACGAGAGGAUUUUUGCACCUUCACUUAAACACUUUUUUAAUCCCUCGACAGCCUUUGUCCCCGUGUUUUCCUCCGCGGCCGUCUCGCACGCCCCCUCCUGGCAUGGAGUGUACAUAAAUGAACUAAACGACGCCACAGCGGGUAAAUGCAGAUUAUGUGUUUCAGCUGGGUGUUCGAAUGUGUUUCUAUUUUUUCAGGGAACUUUUGUCAUGAGUGUACCACCGCCUUUACCGUCCCCGUCCCCCCGUCCCUGUCCCUCCCGGAUCCCUGAUGUGGACAGUGUGUUUGCUGGACCGCAGCACUGAACGUUUGUCUCUCGGACGCUGGGACUCACGUCGGCGUUUUCACACCAGCGACACUGACGAGGAGGAAUCUGAGCUCUUAACUUCUGAACGCUGCCAUGUGACCAAAAAAAAGAAGAA